AUGUCAAUUACAAAGACUGAACUGGACGGUAUAUUGCCAUUGGUGGCCAGAGGUAAAGUUAGAGACAUAUAUGAGGUAGACGCUGGUACGUUGCUGUUUGUCGCUACGGAUCGUAUCUCUGCAUAUGACGUUAUUAUGGAAAACAGCAUUCCUGAAAAGGGGAUCUUGUUGACCAAACUGUCAGAGUUCUGGUUCAAGUUCCUGUCCAACGAUGUUCGUAACCAUUUGGUCGACAUCGCCCCAGGUAAGACUAUUUUCGAUUAUCUGCCCUCAAAAUUGAGCGAACCAAAGUACAAAACGCAACUAGAAGACCGUUCUCUAUUGGUUCACAAACACAAACUCAUCCCAUUGGAAGUAAUUGUCAGAGGCUACAUCACCGGAUCUGCCUGGAAAGAAUACGUAAAAACAGGUACCGUGCACGGUUUGAAGCAACCUCAAGGACUCAAAGAAUCUCAAGAGUUUCCAGAACCAAUUUUCACCCCAUCAACCAAGGCUGAACAAGGUGAACAUGACGAAAACAUCUCACCUGCUCAGGCCGCUGAAUUGGUGGGUGAAGAUUUGUCACGUAGAGUGGCAGAAUUGGCUAUAAAACUAUACUCCAAGUGCAAAGAUUAUGCUAAGGAGAAGGGCAUCAUCAUCGCAGACACUAAAUUCGAAUUUGGUAUUGAUGAAAAGACUAACGAAAUUAUUCUGGUGGACGAAGUGCUAACUCCAGACUCCUCUAGAUUUUGGAACGGUGCCUCUUAUAAGGUAGGAGAAUCCCAAGAUUCCUACGAUAAGCAAUUCUUAAGAGACUGGCUUACUGCCAAUAAGUUGAAUGGUGUCAACGGUGUCGAAAUGCCCCAAGACAUUGUCGACAGGACAAGGGCCAAAUAUAUAGAGGCCUAUGAAGCUUUGACAGGGUACAAAUGGUCUCACUAA